GGCGAUCCACCAUGUCAGAGUGAGGUGGAGGAGGACAUUCCAGGAGAUGUCACCACAGAAAAUCCCAGUAAGAAUUCUGAGAGAAACUUUAUGUUAUCACUAAAGGAUGAAGAUAUCACGCAGCGUUCAGAAGAAAACAUCAUUACCCUUAAUGUACACCCAGGACUUCACAGAACAGAUAUAUCCUAUAAUCUUCCUAAUCAUGAGGAACCUUCUCCUGACCAAUCACAGAUUGUUACCACAACUAUAGGUCAGAAAGGAGGUGAAAGUGUUCACCGUGGUAAAGAGUUCACAAAAAGCUCAGGCCUUUCUACAGACAGAGAAAUUCACACAGGAGAGAAGCCACAUUCCUGCUCAGAAUGUGGGAAAUUUUUCACACAUAAAUCAAAUUUUUUUACACAUCAGAGAAUUCACUCAGGAAAAAAACCAUAUUCAUGUUCAGAAUGUGGGAAGUGUUUUACACUGAAACCAUAUCUUGUUAAACAUGAGAGAAUUCACACAGGAGAGAAGCCAUAUUCCUGCUCAGAAUGUGGGAAAUGUUUUACUCAUAAAUCGAAUUUUUUUACACAUCAGAGAAUUCACACAGGAGAGAAACCAUAUUCGUGUUCAGAAUGUGGGAAAUGUUUUGCACGGAGAUCAUAUCUCGUUACACAUGAGAGAAUUCACACAGGAGUGAAGCCGUAUUCAUGUUCAAAAUGUGGUAAAUGUUUUAAAGAUAAAUCAUGCCUUGUUACACAUGAGAGAACUCACACAGGAGAGAAGCCAUAUUCAUGUUCAGAAUGUGGGAAAUUUUUUACACAAAAAUCAUCUCUUGUUAUACAUGAGAGAAUUCACACAGGAGAGAAACCAUAUUCAUGUUCAGAAUGUGGUAAAUGUUUUAAAGAUAAAUCAAACCUUGUUACACAUGAGAGAACUCACACAGGAGAGAAGCCAUAUUCAUGUUCACAAUGUGGAAAAUGUUUUACAGAUAAUUCAAAUCUUCUUAUACAUAGGAAAAGUCACACAGGAGAGAAACCAUAUUUAUGUUCAGAAUGUGGGAAAGGUUUUACACAAAAAUCAUAUCUUGUUAUACAUAAGAGAAUUCACACAGAAGAGAAACCAUUUCCACAUAUAUAACGUAUGUUAUUCAUGGACCUUAAACAGCCAAUAAGAAGAUAUAUUUUUGGGGUGGAAUUAUGUUUGAUCUCCUACACAACCAAAUUAUAUUUCUAUGAGAUCAACUGGAGGAAAAGUAUUGUGUAAGGAAAAGAAGAAGAUCCUUGUUUACUUGCAGAGCAGUGAAAAUGAAAUGUCCCCAUGGACCUUGCUUCUUAUUACUGUAUUCACACCUCCAUCCACACUUCGGGAGAAUCCAGAGUGACAUGGGGAGAAGUAACGACACUCCAUGUAAUAGUUUUAUAAUGUAUGUAGACAUAUUAAUAUUUUAUCUUUAUCCAAACAGUAUUUACUGAUAAAAUAAAAUCUUCUAUUUGCUCCACGACAGCGUCACCAUUGUCACUGACAGACAUUGUCUUCUUGGCUUAUAUUAUACUUGCUUCUAGUGCUGUGACCUUCAUUGCUCCUACAGACUAACUCUUCUGUGCAGAGAUAACAAUUUGCCUGUGAGUGACAGCAUGAUAUUAAGGGUCAGGCCUGGCCCUCAAUCAUCCAUUUUUGUUUAUUGUAUCUCUAUAGUUUGAAUUACAUUUUUUUAGGACUUGUUCAAUUUAAAUAAAUUUAGGCCUAAAUCUAUUUCCCUUCAUUUCUAUUUCCACAGGGUGUUCAUUUUUUUUAAAGGGGGUUAUUAAGUAUAUUUGUGAUUACUACACCAAUACACAGGGUAGGGCACAAAAUUAUCUGAGACUGAUAAUUAAUUUAGACCUAAAUCUGUUUCUGUUUAUUUCUGUCUCCACACAUUUCCAAUCAAAUUUAUUUUUGGGGGUUGUUGAAAUUAUAAAUAAAACAGCAUAUAUGUGAUUACUAUACUAAUACACAGGGUAGCUCACAAUAUUAUCUGAGAGGCCCAAAAUUGUCAGGUCUACGGAGGGAUUCCAAACGAAAGACCCAGAGUAGGAGCAGCAUCAACUAUCCGGCCAGAAGUAGUAGACCGCAGUUGUCCCUGCUUCCUUUAGAAAGGAGCAACAUUAUCGUGGGUCAGUAAGACAGCUCGUGCACGCACCUCAAUAUAGGAUUGGCGCCUAAAUACUAGAGACUGAGAUCAAACCUGCCAAUAGUUAGUGUUGCUGAGUGGCAGGCUACCAAUAAUUGCUACUUGUUUAUCACAAGGACUUGUCAGUUAAAGUUUUGGUUCGCUCCGGAGAUCAGAGAGGACUUCACCAUAAUCUCCAGUUACCCCAGCGUGUUUAUCGGGAGUGAUAGAUAUAUAAGGCACGUGUCACAUUUCAGUUUGGGGAAAGGGAGGGGGAUAUUACUGGAUAGUCUGGUAAGAUUGUAAGCUGCGGGCUAACCUGUAUCUCUCACACACACACGAUUGUUCCUGUUCUUCAGGGUAAUACUAGGCAUGGCGAGGCAGAGUUAGCUCUGCUCGCAGUAGGUAAAUUGCGCAAGUGUUUUCCAGCUAACAUCGGACGGCGCUGUGCUGUGCGACACAGGGGUCUCAGCCUCUGGGCUGAGUGUAUGUUAUCUGAUUUUAUGUUCACUGCAUUUGGGAGUGUGUUUGAUAUCCCGUUA